AUGGCCGAUUCUUCGCAUGCCCACUCCCAGGAACAGUCACCAGCCAAUGCCGGCGGUGACUCUCAGGACAACGACAAUCAGGGGCACGUCUACCCCUACCCACCUCCUCAACCGCUACCCCAGCCGGGUACGGUUGACAAUGCCCCAGAGCUCUCGCAAGCUUUUGGCUAUCCGCCACAGCAAUACGGCUUCGACCCUGCCACUCUUAUUGCGCAACAACAGUAUUACAUUGCACAACAUGCGAGCCAAGCGGGCAACCCCUCGGUGAACCAUCAACAAGCCUACUAUCCGCCGCACCUCCUACAGCAGCCUGGUUGGACGCCCGAUCCCACUGCAAUGAACGCCCAGUUCUACUGGCAGCAGCAGCAGCAGCAGCAGCAGCAGCAACAACAAGAACAACCACAACAAUUAUCGCGCCCUCACCUCGCCGCCUAUUCCCAGUACAACCCCUCCUAUGACCAGCAGUCGGCGCCCGACUCGAUUCAAGAAGUGCAAAGCCCAGAUUCGCAGCACAAGCAGCAGCCCCUUCUUGCCUCAGAGGAUGUCAUUACCCGGCAAAUGCCUUCGCCGCAGGCGGAUCCGCAGUCAGGCGUGAAGAAGGACGUGAAGAAGCGGAAACGAUGGUGGCCUUGGUCCAAGGACUACAGGCAAAAGUUCGAAGAAAACCUCAAGGACAGGUUCAGCGGCAAGUCGGGCCUCAGAAAUUUCCGUCGCGUCUACCUACCCAACGAAGGACAUAGCGGCGAGAGCAAGAUCGUCUAUCGUGUUGGGACUGCCGAGGAGGAGGAUAUUGAAGACCUCGGAAAGGUACACAAGGUCGAUGGCAAGCUCGUCUACGUCAACCAGUUUCACCAGCAAACCCGCAAGUUCCUCGACGUGGCCGUCUACCUCAGUCCAACCCGGUUCACCCCUCGAAGACUGAUUGUCCAGGCAACUGAUUCUGUUAUCAAAACCCGCAACAACAGGAGGGGCGACUGGAUCAGGACCAAAGUCACGGGCAACGUGCCCGCUGUCCUGGCGAUGUCUGAAUGGGCACUGUCUCCCUUCAAAAAUCAAGGGUUUUGGGCUAAGACGAAGGGCACUUUCCGAAUCUUUGUCGUUGCCAUCCCUCUGCAAAUCAUGCUUGCCAUUCCAUUUCUCGGUAGAUACGAUGACGAUGACGAGGUGACCGAUACCUACACUGACUACCCUGGGUAUUACUGGAGAUGGCCCAAGUACGCUGUAAACGCGUUGGACAUGGCUCCUGGUACUGAUGAGUGGCAUAACGUCGGCUACAAUUCGGCACUCAAUGUUGCAAAACGUGCUCAACGCCCCCGGCGACUGUAUGCGAAGGUGAACGGCAAAUGGACAACCAUCGAUGGCGAUACAUUCGACAACUCUAUGCGGAGAUACAUUUUCAUCAGUUACAUGUGGGGUAUGUUCCCAGAUGAAGCAGGCGCUGAAAAGGCUCACCAUUUGGCGCGCAGAAUUGCCGACCGCGAGGGCUUUGAUUGUUACUGGAUGGACCGUGAGCUCGUCAACAAGAAUACAAAAGCCGACACCGAUUACGACGUCUACACACUUUGCGAUAUCGUCCGAGGAUCGUCUGGUGUCUGCCUCAUGAUGCCCAAGGACGGAACCCAAGAGCGUCUUGAUUGGGGAGGCCGCAUGUGGACGCUCAUGGAGGGUCUGCUUGCCCCGGGAGAUUACGUAACUUACUGCUUCGAGGAUGCAAAGGGUCAACUCGUCACCAAAAAGAUUAGAAAGGUUGAAAUGACAGCCUCGUUCUGGCGUCAACCAGACAGCGAGUACUGGGAAAACAGUCAGGCUGUGCGCAUCUUGGCCGAGCACUAUGCUAACGUGCUGACACUUUCACGCCUGGAGCUUCUUCCGGCAACGAUUACUGCGCUGAGUACCAAGAGUCGUAAGGAGUUUACCGGCUCAGAUCUUGCCUACGCCGUCAUGGGCUUUCUUCACUACCGGAUUGAGCGCUCAGACGACGGGACAACUGUGUUCCAGAACCUCGCUCGCCUGUCGCUUGGCAAUGAUAGUGAUGAGCUGGUGGAGAGGAUGCUUUGCUUACUUCCUCAGCCAUCAACCAAAGAUAUCUUUGAGACUCUCUCUGAACGUGAUGAGUAUGGAACCUUCCUCCACCACAUCACGCCGCAGUGCCAAGUGGUUGGUGUGGCACACGAAGACGAGACUGUCAUCUUGGACUCUUGCCGUGCGAUCCACAUCAGAUGGAAGGACUUUCCCCGAGCAACUGUCCAGCGCGAUAUGGGCUUUGGAAAGAUGAUGGCGGUAUUCUUCCUGGCCUUCGGCAUCUGGUGGUUAUCUUUUGGUAUUCAAAUGACACUGGGCUACAUCCCAUACUUUGCCGGCUUUGCCCUAACCGACGGCGAAACUGGCAAGUCGUAUGUGGGAUGGGUUGUUGCUGGCUUCUUCUUUCUGGGUCUGUUGUUCUCUGCACCUUCGCCAUUCUCGGUGAGACGGCUCUUUGGCGGUACCGUACUGAAGAGCACUCCAAAUCUGGUAGGAUUUGAGGGAGUCAUGCCUAUCGCGCAACUGGAAAAGAUCAUUUUCGGAAACGUGGAGGGUCGACUGACGUAUGCGCCAUCCGCUUCUCCGUUCAGCAGAAACAAUCGGGAGAUUAAUGAGAGGCGAGGCAGGGAGCCGUCGUGGAUCAAGAAUCCAGACUCCGCCCUUCACGACCUUAUGAAGGAGAAGCUAUUGCCGUCAAAUAAACACCAGCUCUUCACCCUGGUUGAUAUGGGCGAGCUCACGGUCUCUAUCUUUGCUGCUGAGAGGCCACCGACUGUAGCUCUUCUUUGCGGCAAGGAAGGUGGCAUGCUUCGUGCUGUCCUUUGCAGCUGGCGCUUUGAGACGGAUUGCUUGUAUAGGGAGACAGUCGUGAGGAUGCCCACGCGGGUCUGGGAGGUAGCAGAGCCCAAGGGUUGGUUGAAGCUGUGUCUACGAUCUCAAGACGACUACAGACGCAGAGUGUCCCUCAAGUACCAUCAAAAGAUGGCCAGGGACGCGGAGCUUGCAAAGGAAGAGGCCGAAAGAUUGAAAAAGGAGGAGGAGAAAGCAGCAAAGAAGGCAGUGGAGGAAGCUGCAAAGAAGACGGCAUGA